AUGAUCUCAACAUCACAGCAGCAAGCACCGCUGCAGGCAGUAUCACACCCGAAUUCGAUCGAAACCAUUCUCAAGAGCCAUCAUACCUCGAAGCAGUUCCUGUGCUCCGAUCCUGAAGGAUGGGGGCCCAUCAGUAACCUUCGAUGGGAUCUGACUCCCUGUUUCCUCGAUAUCUGGGUGUUGGUCGUGGCUGCUUGGGGUCUGUUUGCAGGUGCUGGAGCUAUUGUAUAUCUGACCAAGAAGCGGACGCCUCAGGAUGUAAAGAAGAACUGGCAUUACUACAGCAAACUCUCUAUCAUCGUCCUCAUUGUUCUAGCAACCAUCGUGCAGGCUGCGCUCUACGUGGCAUAUCCACCAAAAAUCUUCUACGAUGAUAUACGCUUCUGGACGACAGUCGCAUUAGCUCUGUCUGAGAUUGUUAUCCUGCUCAUUCAGCAUCUCGAGCACAGUCGAAGUCGAAAUCCCAACGGUGUCGUCCUGUUCUUUUGGCUGUUCUUUAUCCUCUCGUUUGCAGUCAAGCUUCGGAGUUUGGUUUCAAGAGAUGCACACAAGACAAGAUUGCCCUUCUUCAUUACAUUCUGCUUGACGUUAGGACUUGCCAUUGCGGAAUUCAUCCUCGAGUAUUUUGUGCCCAAGAGGCAAAGUGCUUACGACGCCCUCGGAGCCGAAGACGAGUGCCCAAUCGAAUAUGCAGACAUCUUUUCCAUUCUAACCUUUGGUUGGAUGAGUCCUAUGAUGAGAUUCGGUUACAAGAACUACCUGACUCAGGACGAUCUAUGGAAUCUUCGGAAUCGUGACACGACAAAGGUUACAGGUGAAACACUUCGAGAGGCCUGGGAGAUGGAGCUCGAGAAAAAGAAGCCCAAUCUGUGGAUUGCUCUUGCACGCUCUUUUGGUGGUCCUUACAUUCGUGGUGCUAUGAUAAAGACUAUCAGCGAUAGUCUUGCCUUCGUUCAGCCACAGCUUCUACGUUUACUCAUCACCUUCGUCCAUUCAUACAGCGCUGGAAAUGAACCUCAACCUGCUAUCCGAGGUGUUGCUAUUGCUUUGGCUAUGUUCGCGACUUCUGUUUGCCAGACAGCUGCUCUUCAUCAGUACUUUCAACGAGCAUUUGAAACUGGUAUGCGUGUCAAGUCUUCUCUAACGUCCAUGAUAUAUGCGAAAUCUCUCCGGCUAUCCAAUGAGUCACGUGCAAAGAAGUCUACAGGAGAUAUUGUGACAUAUAUGAGUGUUGACCAACAGAGGCUGUCGGAUCUUGCACAAUGGGGUCAACAGCUGUGGUCAGCUCCUUUUCAGAUCGUCUUAUGUAUGGUUUCGCUCUGGAACUUGGUCGGCAUAUCAUGUCUUGCUGGUGUUGGCGUUAUGAUCGUCAUGAUUCCGAUCAAUGCUUUGAUUGCUCGAUUCAUGAAGAAGCUCCAGCUCUCACAGAUGAAGUACAAAGACAGUCGUGCAAAGCUGAUGACUGAGAUUUUGAACAACAUGAAAAGCAUCAAGCUCUAUGCCUGGGGUUCGGCUUUUAUGGACAAGUUGAGUCACGUUCGUAACGACCUCGAGCUGAACAAUCUGAGGAAGAUCGGAGCUGCACAGUCUUUCGCCACUUUCACAUGGUCAUCGACCCCGUUCUUUGUCUCUUGCUCUACUUUCGGUGUGUAUGUACUGGUCAACAAAGCUCCGCUCUCAACAGACAUUGUAUUUCCAGCUUUGACUUUGUUCAAUUUGUUGACCUUCCCACUCACAGUACUGCCCAUGGUUAUCACUAGCAUUGUCGAGGCAACGGUGGCUGUUGGACGUCUGACCGAGUUUUUCACCACCGACGAGCUACAGGAAGACGCCGUAAGAUUUAUAGAUGAGCCACCUCAGAACAACGGCGAGGAGUCUGUCCGGAUACGAGACGCCACCUUCACAUGGGAUAAGAACGAGACCAGAAAUGCGCUCGAGAACAUCAAUUUUGUAGCAAAUAAAGGCGAGCUCACAGCCAUCGUUGGUCGAGUUGGUGCCGGUAAGUCCUCACUGCUUCAAGCGAUACUUGGAGAUCUGUGGAAGUACAACGGAGAAGUCGUUGUACGUGGACGUCUUGCUUAUGUUGCUCAGCAAUCGUGGGUCAUGAAUGCUUCGGUCAAAGAGAAUAUCGUGUUCGGUCACAGAUGGGAUCCUCAUUUCUAUCAGCAAACCAUAAAUGCUUGCGCACUGGUUGACGACUUCAGGACACUGCCCGACGGCGAUCAAACAGAAGUUGGGGAGCGAGGCAUCUCGCUGUCUGGAGGUCAGAAAGCACGUCUUACUUUAGCACGUGCUGUUUAUGCUCGAGCUGAUAUUUAUCUUAUGGACGAUGUCCUUUCGGCGGUGGAUCAGCAUGUUGGACGUCACCUAAUCAACAAUGUGCUUGGUCCGAAAGGUCUACUGAGUGGUAAGGCACGAAUUUUGGCCACCAACUCAAUCCCUGUUCUGAAGGAAGCCGACUAUAUCUUUCUGCUCCGAGAUCAAACUGUUCUUGAGAAAGGCACCUAUCAGCAACUCAUGGCCAUGAGAGGCGAGGUUGCGAACGUGGUCAAGUCUGCAACUCAAGAAGAGGACGAAUCUGAAGGUGAUCGCAGUCCUAGCAUCCAAGCAGAGGAUUCGGAUGAAUCCAACACCGUUGUUGCCAGUGGUAUACAGGAUGAGCUCGACCCUGAAGAGGCAGAAGAAGCACGACAAGAGGUCGGUGGACUUAUGCCCAUCAAAUCCAACCAACGAAGUAUUACAGCUCGCAAGACCAGCUUCAACUCAUUGCGACGAGCCUCUACAGCAAGUUUCAAUGGCCCGAUGGGACGACUCUCGGACGAAGAGAAUGACCCAAAGAAGACUAAGCAGAGCAAAGAGACUCAAGAGCAGGGUAAGGUGAAGUGGUCCGUCUACACUACAUAUGCUAAGGAAAGCAAUCUUAUUGCCGUCGCCAUCUACGCUGUAGCCCUGCUUGCGGCUCAGACUGCACAGAUCGGUGGCAGUUUCUGGCUGAAGAACUGGUCAGAGAUUAACGAACGGUUAGGGUCUAAUCCAGAUGUCGGCAAAUACAUUGGUAUCUACUUCGCGUUCGGUAUCGGUGGUGCUGCAUUGGUGGUAGUCCAGACCCUACUUCUCUGGAUUUUCUGCUCUAUAGAAGCCUCACGCAAGUUGCAUGAUCGGAUGGCUUAUGCUAUUUUCAGGUCACCAAUGGUCUUCUUCGAGACGACACCUGUGGGAAGGAUUUUGAAUCGAUUCUCUAGCGAUGUCUAUCGUGUCGAUGAAGUAAUCGCGAGGACUUUCAACAUGCUCUUUGUCAACACCGGCCGUGCUAUGUUCACUCUGGGAGUGAUUGCCUUCACUACACCUAUAUUUCUGGUACUGGUCAUACCUCUAGGCAUUGUCUACUUUGUGUACCAGAAAUACUACCUGCGGACCUCGAGGGAACUGAAGCGUCUGGACAGUGUCAGUCGAAGCCCAGUCUACGCACAUUUUCAGGAGUCUUUGGGCGGUAUUUCGACCAUUCGAGCUUUCCGUCAGGAGAAGCGUUUUGCUAUCGAGAACGAGUAUCGCAUGGAUGCAAAUUUGAGAGCAUACUUCCCGUCGGUUAGCGCUAACCGCUGGUUGGCAGUCAGGCUUGAAUUCAUGGGUUCUUUCAUCAUUUUCGCAGCUGCAAUCUUCGCCACUAUCUCGGUCACGCGUGGAGGUGGACUUUCCACGGGCCUGGUAGGUUUAGCCAUGUCGUACGCACUGCAAAUCACACAAUCGCUCAAUUGGAUCGUUCGACAAACGGUGGAGGUGGAAACCAAUAUCGUCUCUGUGGAGCGUGUUCUCGAAUAUGCAAACUUGCCCAGUGAAGCUCCUGAUGUAAUCUUCAAGAAGCGACCUCCAAUAGGCUGGCCAGCAAAAGGUGAGAUCUCACUGAAGAACUAUUCCACGCGAUACCGGGAAGGACUUGAUCCUGUGCUACGUGAUAUCACGCUCAACAUCAAGUCUCACGAAAAGAUUGGUGUCGUUGGGCGUACAGGUGCUGGCAAGAGUUCCUUGACUCUUGCUUUGUUCCGUAUCAUAGAACCUAUCUCCGGAAACAUAAACAUUGAUGGUCUGAACACGUCCUCUAUUGGACUGCUCGAUCUACGGAGACGGUUAGCUAUAAUACCACAGGAUGCGGCUUUGUUCCAAGGUACUAUCCGAGACAACCUCGACCCACGUCACGUUCACGAUGACACGGAACUGUGGAGUGUGCUGGAACAUGCUAGACUAAAGGACUACGUUUCAACCAUGCCUGAUGGCUUGGAUGCAUUGGUCCACGAGGGUGGUUCCAACUUGAGUCAGGGACAACGGCAGCUGGUCUCACUUGCACGAGCACUGUUGACGCCGAGCAAUAUCCUAGUCCUGGAUGAAGCAACAGCUGCUGUCGAUGUUGAGACUGAUGCCUUACUCCAGUCGACACUUCGAAGUAAUGUCUUCGACAAUAGGACUAUUAUCACGAUUGCUCACAGAAUCAACACAAUACUGGACUCGGAUCGAAUCAUUGUCCUUCAGCAGGGCAAGGUCGCCGAGUUCGAUACUCCACGCGAGCUCAUUAACAGAAGAGGAUUGUUCUACGAACUGGUAAGGGAAGCUGGCCUGCUGGAUAGUGUCACGAAUGGUUCAACGGCACACUAG